AUGUCGCUCUGGACACACGUCGUGUCGCUUCCGGACAUAUUCAAAUUUGCAGAAGAGUUGAUCUCCUCGGAGCAUCCGGUCCUCAAGUCUACUAUUGCAGACUUCAUAGAUCAUACUCUCCGCUUUCGGGAAGUCCUCGUAAGCUGGUAUCGGAAGUAUAGAGCGGAACUCGCCAUCUUCGACAAUAUAAAUGCAUAUGAUACCUUCAACUACCUUGAUUGUCGACCAUGUUCCAAUAUUCUGCAGCAUGUCCAACUAUACGGAACUUACCUCUCGUGCAUGAUCCUGGCAUCUAGGCUUAUUUUUGCCCUCUCACCAGCCAGGUUUCGUUAUUUUGAGGUACAAUGUCAGGACCUGGCCGAGAAAGUCGCUCAACGACGAGGGCGUGCUCGCAGUGCAAACCAAUCAUUGUCCUCUGGUCUCUUCAUAACGCAGACGUGGUGGAUUGCGAAAGCGACGAUCGAUACGAAGGCCGAAUGGGUGGAAAACUUUGUGGAACAUGGUCGGUAUGGAGACGGGUACAUGCUCGAGAAUUGGAAGUUCAAAGUUUGGACAAAAGCACUAGGGAGGAAGUCAUGA